AUGAGCAUGGAGAAAGAGCUAUCACAGGGUAUACACAAUCCUCUUGUUAGUCUGCAACUGAAUAUUCUUCAUGCUGAAGGCAUUGAUGAACCCAAUCUUCACCCUUCUGUUGGCGACAGGAGUUAUUGCGUGGUCUUAUGGGUUAUGCCUGGUAGAGAGUUUUAUACAAACACAGUUAUGGGAAUGUUGAACCCUAUUUGGAACAGUGAAGGUGUCAUCUUUCUAAGGAAUUUACCUGAUAAAUAUACAUUCCUAUACUUGGAAGUUUUGAGGCUCAAUUCUGUGACUGAUCCAGGAACCUCAAAUGGGGUAGUCGUUGUAGGGAGAGCAAAGAUACCAUUGCCAAAGAACGUUAACUGUAAAAAAUCAGGGCGCUUUGGAUUGGUAAGGGUUGAAAGUGGACGAUGCAAGGCUGAAGGUCACAUUAUACUUUCUAUGGAACUCAAGCGGUGCAAGAAUAAAUAG